UCUGGUUAUUGAGGCUCUCUGUUCAGUUUUUGCAUGAUAUUCAAAAAUAAAGCCAAACACUGCAGCAGUAAAGAAGCACCGUGAUCUGUUGCAUGGAUAUUUGUUUGGGAUGCCUGGUUUAGGAUCAAAGAAGAAAGACAAUGUGUCCAAAGCGGCCAGACCCAUCGGAGACUUGCCCCAGCUGAGCAACGAAAUGCAGCUUAGCAUCAUGAACAGGGUGAAACAUGGAGAGAUAUCUAUCGACGAUGCUCUGGACCAGGCAAGAAAGGAAAGAGAGCAGCUUCUCCAUGAACAGCCUCAGAAAAAUACAACACAGCAGUACAACUUCAGUGUGCACAAGCACAGCCACUACAGGUGGCAGAAGCGGGUUUUACAGAUUGAUUUCAAGAACAAAAUGUUGUGCAGCAUAGAGAAAGGCAUUAUCAACCGCCAACUGCCUUUCUCGAUUGUCAAAAGCUGUGAUGAUGGAGUUGGCUCUAGGUUUUCCAUUUCAUUUAAAGGACACCAUGACUAUGAAUUGGAAGCCACAUCCCUUGAGGACAAACACAAGAUGAUGCAGCUUGUGAAUCAGAUCAUUCAUGGAAACAUAUACAGUGGUUCUGAAGAUGAGAAUUCAGAAUCGCACCAGGAGCCUCAAGCAUCACAGAGCCUGAAAGAAGGUGGAUUGUUACUGUACAGAGGAGGACUGGCAUCAUUCAAAUGGGUGAAAUACGAAGCUCAGCUCCACCCAGGGGAGCUAACACUGGUCCCAUUCAGACAGCGAAGCAACAUAGAUGGUGAUAUGACAUCCUCAGUUCCUCUUUCCACUGUAAUUCAUUUAUCAGAUGGCGACACCAGUGUACAGAAACCAUAUGGUUUUGACACCUUUGUUCUGUUCACCCACAGAAAUGAGUACCAGUUUAAAGUCCCUGCACCAGAGGAAGCAGUUUCUCCUGGUGCUGUACAGAAGGAGCGUGAUGACUGGGUCAAAGCCAUUGACAAACUGUGUUCACACUGGAAGAGGAAGUCCAGGUCUGAACACAUGUUUGCAGAAUCAAAGUCCUUACAACAAAUCAGCAUACCUGAACAUGUGAUUGACAGUAACCCAGAUCUUGAGUCACGUAGUGAAUUUGCUGCUGAGAAUGACAAUAAAAAUUCAGAUUCCACAUUCAGAGACAGAGACUACUCAUAUGCAGGGGAAGCAGGUCACAGUUUUCCCUCUGCGGAUACAGAGCCUGUCCCCAGACCUCGGAUUGGCAAGACUGCUGUGCAUGUUAUGGCUGGAUCAGAUCAUUUGAGCCCAAUCUCGUCUCCAACCUCUCCCUUUGCUUCUGUCCCAAAAUUACCCUUCUCCCCUCCACCAUCACCCUGCCAUGCUGGCCUCACAUCCUUUUCUUCAGGCUCAGAUUCUCAAAAACCAGUUUCCCCGGUUGUGAAGGAAUCUCCACCACUGGUCAUCCCAGCUCCGCCACCUCUGCCUGUCAAACUAAUAAGUACGUUUAAAAAAUCCCGUACAAAGGCUUUCCACUGGGACCUAAUUGGGUCUGAGAAGAUUGCAAAAACAUUUUGGGUUCAGGAAAAGAGCAUAAGGCCUGAAAUCGACACAUCACGUUUGUACGAUCAGUUCGCUGUCAAAGAUUUGGGAAUAUUUGCUACAACGGACUCGAGUAGUUCCCAGCACAUAAUGCUCAACCAGAAGAUUGCACACAAUUUCAACAUUUUCCUCAGAAGUUUUCUAGUGCAGCCGGGGGAGCUGAAGGACAAACUGUUCAUUAUUAAUGAGGAAGAUGGAGGCCUGUCUGAUGAGCACAUCACCUCUCUGAGAAGGUACGUCCCGACUAUGGAUGAUGUGGAAAUGUAUAAAUCCCACAAGGGACCAGUUUCAGAACUGCAUAUUGUGGACCAGUACAUGAUGGAGAUGUGCAACAUCUCCCACCUGAGCGCCCAGCUCGACCUGCUUUUGACUCUGAGAGAGCUCCCGAUCAGCACGAACGACCUGCAACCUCUGAUUAACCAGAAGAUCCGAAUGUGCAAGCAGCUGGUCAACUGCAGGUCAUUUGUUACUGUACUGGAGUACCUCCUCGCUAUUGGCAAUUACCUGAAUGAGAACGCCGGAAAGGAAAAGGCCAAGGGAUUCCGCCUAUUGUCCUUAACCAAACUUUCCCAGCUGCGUGGGAGGGACAAGAAUUUCACCUUGCUCCAUGCCCUUCUGGAGCAGAUUAUGUUGCACGAACCGGGCUUGGCCACUUUUACCCAGGACUUGGCAGAAUUUGAAACUGUUCCUGGAGCUUCCAUCAAAGGCUUGACCGCAGAAGUGGAUGUACUGAAGAAUGAAGUGCAGAAAGUCAUUCAGUACAGAAAAACCAUUAGGAAGAGAAACAGUGGAGCUCAUCACCCAAACUUCUCUAAAGAUCUUAAGAUGGCAAUUGAGAAGUACAAUAUGCAACUCGAGAUGCUGACGAAGACUUGUGACGAGAUGAAGAAACUCUACUCUGCCAUACUGGUUAAAUUUGGCGAACCACCGGAUCAGGACUCUCAGGAGCUGUUUGGGAUGAUCUAUCAGUUCCUCCAUGACUUUAGAAGGGCACACGCUGAAACAGUUUGAGCUGAAACUGUGAUGGCACAAAUUAGUGAGGCAGAAGCUUUAUGGGGCUUAUUUAACUGAAACACUGAUCCCACUGUAGUGGGUAUGAUUAAUGUCAAAACUAUUUUUACACAAUUACCAAUCUGGGUUGUUCAUUUUGUAAAACAAAAAGAAAACACAAAAAAACAAAACUACAAAUCUAAACCCCAAUGCAUGUAAUGGUCAUACUUACAUGUACUGUCUUCUACAGACAUUGUUAGAUUUGAAGGAUGCUAAGUAAUAAUUUAGAAACAUUAAUAUUCUGAUUUCAUGACUUCUGGAGCAUUUCAAAUAAUCAUAAUCAGAAAAAAUCUUUUUUCUUACACCUUUUUUUAAAAAAGAGAUCCUUAAGUUCCCGUUGUGACAUGUUUUUAUCCUGUGAGCAACAUUAAAAAAAUAUCAAAAUAUGAAAA